GACGCGGCGGGCGUUGCGGGGCCGCGCCGCGGGGCAGGGCGGGUCGCGCCGCGCCGCCCUUCCGCUUCUCGCAGGGGUCCGACAUGGGGGCGCGGCUCAGCACGCUGGGUUCGGUAGUGACAUACCCAUUAUGGAUAGUGACAUACCCAUUAUGGAUAGUCUGCAGGACCUUCCUGAAGUUUUUCAGGAAUCCCCAUCCUCCAAUUACUCUGAAGGAUCCUGAAGUGAAGUAUGCAUUGAGGCUGAUUGAUAAAGAGGAAGUUAGUCAUGACACAAGAAGAUUUCGAUUUGCCCUUCCUUCUGUAGAUCAUGUUCUGGGUCUCCCUAUCGGACAGCAUAUCUACUUGUCUGCACGGAUUAAUGGGGCUCUGGUAAUUAGACCAUACACUCCUGUUUCCAGUGAUGACGACAAGGGCUUUGUGGACCUUGUUGUCAAGAUCUAUUUCAAAGGUGUACAUCCAAAGUUCCCUGAAGGAGGGAAGAUGUCUCAGUACUUAGACAGCCUGAAAAUAGGGGACACUAUUGACUUCAGAGGACCAAGUGGCCUGCUUGUGUACAAGGGAAAAGGCCAGUUUGCUAUUCGGCCUGAAAAGAAAGCUGAACCAGUUUUAAAAAAAGUGAAAUAUGUGGGGAUGAUUGCAGGUGGGACUGGGAUAACACCUAUGCUGCAGAUCAUUCGAGCUAUCAUGAAAGACAAAGACGACCACACUAUUUGUCAGCUGCUGUUUGCUAAUCAGACUGAGAAGGAUAUCUUGCUACGUUCCGAACUAGAGGAGAUCCAGGUUCAGAAUCCCAGUCGCUUUAAGCUUUGGUAUACGCUGGACAGAGCACCUGAAAAUUGGGAAUAUAGCCAAGGAUUUGUGAACCAAGAUAUGAUCAGAGAUCACAUGCCCCCACCUCAAGAUGAUGUUCUGAUUCUCAUGUGUGGCCCUCCUCCAAUGAUCCAGUAUGCUUGCAUUCCCAACUUGGACAAACUGGGAUACACCAAGGACAUGAGGUUCUCCUUCUAACAAAAAGACUGAUAGUUCAGUGAUCUUGUGUGGAAGGGAAGAAAAAACAUUUAAUGGGGAACAAGACCAGGGUACAUAAGUGGCUGAUGCACAGUGCUGAGAAGCUACAUUUAAGUUAAAAUUGCUUCAGUUUUUCUAAAUCUCUGGCAAGUAAGACACUCAAGCUUAAUUGUACUCAGAUUGUACUCUAUAUUUUGUACAGAAACAAUUGUAUUGCAGAGAGUGGUGCCUAUUGCUCAGUUGUAUUAUACUGACCAUAGCUAUCCUAUAGAAAGAUUAUAUUCCAUUUCAAGGAAGGGAGGCAUGGCUUCUUAGGGAGUCUGUGGUUUCUUAGGGCGCUAUACACUGGUUUACACUUCGUUAGCAGUGUAAUCAAAUGGCAAUGGAAUCCUGCUUCCCAACACUGUGCAUACCCAAAAUUUUCCUUGAAAUGAAACAUGAAAAUAUAUGGAAUGUGCUGGAUUAUUUACCUUACUUCUGCUAAAUUUUAAUCCUUACAGAGCUUUUACACCAUAAAGGCCAGGAGUGUUUGCCUUGUAUGCAUAAUCUUUGCAAUAUCAGAAACUUCAAGAUGACUGUUCAGUUCAAGGAUGGUGAUUAAUUAUUUAUGACUGAAGUCAUACAAAUUGCUCUGUUAAUCAAAACAGAGAGGUAGACCUUAACACCAAAUUUUUCCUCUGUAUUUUGGAAUGGCCUCUCUUAAAUGCAAACGCUUUUCCAGCUGUCCACUUCAAGUAGCUGUUCCCAUCCCUGGGCAAUGAAAGGAACUAUGGAAAGCAGGAGAUUUUAUUCACUGUUCCCCAAACAGCUAGGAAUUCUUGCUUGUACGUUUUGAAUACUGAAAAAAUACUAACUUCUGUAUUUACUUUUAAAUAGCAGAAGGUGCUGUAGGAGUGCAAAAGCGGUUCUUCUGUAUGUACCAUACAGGAAAAAUAUUUGGGUGACAACAGUGUCUUGCUUUGGUUUCCUGUUAUCCAUAGACUGAUCUAGAACAAGGGGAGCUCAGUGCUCAUCACUAGAGAGUGUUUCACUAGGUAAUCCUACUUCGGAUGUGGUAAGCAGGAGCCUCACCUGCAUCUGCAUAAUUUCUUCAGGCAGAACUCCAAAUGCUUUGCUUGAAAAAAGGAUGCAUGGGAAAAGCCUUAAGUCACCUAACUGACAACAAAUUCGAAUGUCUCACUGAACCUAAAACUUUUUCUUAGAUGCUGUUUAUUAUAGCUCUGAUUUAUUUUUUUAAUUUACUUUUUUUACAGCAGCUUUUUACCUAAUCUGCAGUAAACUUAAAGCUUCUUGAUUGCAGAAUCUUCUGCUUCCAAACAACAGAGAUGCUGCUGAGAUUAAAGCUGUCCUGCAAGGAAUCUAUGAAACUAAAAAUCUUGUUCUGGUGAUGGAAACCAGAGUGAUUUGAAAGGAUAUUUAGUGAAAUGCAAAGUAAUGUGGAUGCUAGUUAGUUACAAGUAUCGGUGUAUAAUAUCGCCUUUUUUCAGGAUUUGGGUAGGUAUGUGGAAGGCAUAACUUGCAGUGUUUCCUUUUGUGCCUGUACAACAGGUGAGUAUUGUGAAAUUAAAAGGUUAAUUCUCAGUGUGAAUUAAAUGGUGAAAAAGAUACUAUGGUUUAUUUAAGGAAUCUGGAAUGGAUAAUACAAUUAUUAAACUUAAUUAUUUUAUUAAUUAAUUAGACUGUUGCCUAUGAGAUCUUGAAUUUUUGAUGUGUGCUUCUGAAACUUGUUCUUUAAUACCAUGCUCCAAGGUUUCAGUCUGUCUUUUUAUGAGGCAAAAUGUGGAAAUUUGAGCGUAAUUAUCUUGCUGCUGGUUUAUAUCAGUGUGGGAUAAACAGUUUUUUCAUGACUCUAUUUAAUUAAGUUUACUUGUCAAAAAUAGCUCACUGGUUAAGCAUAAACUGGUUUUGUAUUACUUAAUCUAUAUACUCAAUUACUGGCUUUUUUCACAUCUGUGUAAGAAAUAAAAAUUUCUUGCAGGUGACUCACCUGUGUGUUAUUUAGCACAUCAUCUUCAUAGACAGCUCUUCAGCCUCUUAAGAGACGUAUUAUUAUUUUAAAACACUCUAGAAAGUGAAAGUUCAAAAAAAAAAAGUCUGUUUGCUUUGAUUACCUAAGUGCUUAUGUAUCUAUCUAUCUGUUCUGUUGCCUGAGUUUGGAUGCCAGCUCAGGGAAUAAAUAUGCUUCUCCUCCUCCCCUCAACCAUUCCAAUAUGUUCUUAUUAAUUAUCUUGAUUUUGUACAUCUUCCUUGUGAACAUGUAGCUCUUUUAUGGAAAAAAAAAAUUUUUUUAUAAUAUGUUGAAAUAAAACUGAGUCCUAGUCCC